CUUUGACCAAGCUAUUUUAAAAAGUACCCCAUUAAUAUCGCGAUUGGGCAAAAUUUUGGAAAGACCGCGUCACCAAAUCCCUGGAAGCCGUCUGCGGUAUCAUUCUACUCAACACUAUUUCGAUUUCUUGGAAUCAAAUUCAAUUGUUAUCGUCUUAUCUAUGUGCUUACAUCAAUCAUCAGUUGUAUAGUUUCGUAUUUUCCUGUUCAUAACUAGGACAUCCAAAUGACUCCAACUUGUUCGACGAAAUGCCUAUUCUACUGAAGUUUGUAGAUAAAUGUUGAACCAAAAAGAGUAAAGAAAAGGAAUAGAAAAGAGGAUCACGGUGAUGGGAACUAGGUCAAUGACCAAAUGGCCAAAGCAAAUCACGUCAUCUCUUGUUGAGCAAUUGAUUCGAGCAGAAAAGGACUUAGAGAAGGCGAUUUGCAUAUUUGAUGCCGCCACUGCAGAGUACACUAAUGGCUUCCAGCAUGAUCACACCACAUUUGGUCUAAUUAUCACCAGAUUACUCUCAGCGAAUAAGUUUGUUUUGGCAGAGGAUAUGGUUGGUAGAAUGAAGCACGAGAAGUGUAAGAUCACCGAAGAUAUCUUCUUAUCUAUAUUCAGAGCUUAUUCCCGCGUUCACAAGCCUAAUGAUGUCAUCAGGGUCUUUCGUACGAUGGAUGAUUAUGAAUGUGAACCCACGGCAAAAUCUUAUGUAACAGUGUUUUCCAUUCUUGUCGAUGAAAGUCAACUGAAAAUGGCAUUCAAGUUCUAUCGGUAUAUGAGGAAGAUAGGAAUUCCUACUAGUGUCUUCUCUCUUAAUGUGUUGAUCAAAGCACUUUGCAAGAGCAAUGGAACCAUUGAUGCUGCUUUCCGGAUUUUUCAUGAGAUGCCAAAGCGUGGGCACAUUCCGGAUUCAUAUACUUAUGGAACUCUAAUUAAUGGAUUGUGUAGAGCAGGGAGAAUUAGGGAAGCGAAAGAACUUCUGAUAGAGAUGGAGGCAAAUGACUGUUCACCCACUGUGGUCACCUAUUCUUUGUUGAUACACGGCCUUUGCCAGUCAAAUUAUUUGGAAGAAGCAUUCGACUUGCUCAAAAAGAUGAAGAGCAAAGAUAUUGAGCCCAAUGUGUAUACUUAUAGUUCCCUUAUGGACGGUCUUUGCAAAAAUGGGCAUUCUUCACAAGCCAAGGAGCUAUUGGAGAGGAUGAUUCACAAACGCGUAGUCCCAAAUACAAUAAUUUACAGUUCCUUAAUUCAUGGACUCUGUAGAGAUGGUAAACUUAAUGAUGCUGUAGAGAUUCUUGAUAGAAUGAAGGUACAGGGAUUGAAACCUGAUGCCGGGUUGUACUCGAAAAUUAUCAAUGGGUUUUGUGAUAGUAGUAAGUUCCUGGAAGCUGUGAACUUCCUUGAUGAAAUGGUUCUUGCCGGGAUCACUCCUAAUCGUGUAACUUGGGGACUCCAUGUCAGGAUUCAUAACAGGGUAGUUCAAGGACUCUGUGCUGAGGGCGAUCUAAAUCGUGCUUUCCCAUUAUACAUGAGCUUGCGCAGCAGAGGAAUAUCAGUUGAGGCCAAUACUUUUGAAUCCCUCGUUCACUGUGCUUGCAAGAAAGGAGACCUUUACAAAGCUGCUCGUAUUGUAGAUGAGAUGGUGCUUGAUGGAUGCAUACCUGGUGAUGAAACGUGGAACUCAAUAUUGGAUGGGUUUUGGGACAGAAGGAAAGUGCGUGAAGCUGCUGAUCUGUUACUGGCCCAGCUGAUGGAUGAAUGCAAAAAGACUAUUUCCAAUUGAACUUGCAUGUAGAUUAAUUUAACUGCACUGCCAAAUACAAAUUGGAAUUUUGGGAACUCGAUGCCAUUUGAUUGAAUUCAGAUUAAUGAUGAUUCCAUGUCGUUGCCUGGAUGAUGGUCAGAAUGUCAGUAAAGAAAGCUGUCUGUCCCAGUUUAUUUAACAGAUCCACCCAAAAAAAUGUCAUAGACAUGAACAAAAUCAAAGUUAUUACUUCAUAAGUACAUAACAUGUGUAUUUGCAUCGAGUGAUCAGACAAAAAAAUGAUUUAACUAUCUGUGACUGGGAAGCCAAUUCCAGGUCAUUUAGUGGGGAAGACAACGAACAACAUACUGCAUAUUACCCCAAUACCGACCAGAAGUGCUGGGAGGACCUCUUUUGUUCCGUCUGAUGGUUGGGGAAAAAGGCAGUUCACCACAUUUUGUUCAAACAGCGAAAUGGCACGAAAACCAGUAUUGACAUCGAGGCAUGAACAAAAUCUACAAAUUUCAGCUUGUACUUUGCUGCCACCUCCAGUGGUAGAGUUGCUGAUCCAUCAAUAUCCACUAGCCAUGGGAAGUUGCAAACCCGUAACUGACAUUCCCAUUCGGGUCCUUGAAGCUAUCUGUGAAGCUUGAUAAUAAACAUGACAACCCACAGAGGAUUACCAGACUUGCGGUUAAGGAUCGAUUCACUGCAUUACAGCACCUUGGUUUGAAAACAUUGGAGACAGAAGUUGAAAAGCAAGCACUGAGCCAGUGGGUAGAAGAUUUGCCAGGUCAGCCAUGCUUGCAAAUGUCUGACUAAUGGCUUUUUGUAUGAAGUUUUUCUGUACUUCGGGAAUGGCUGAAUUUACAAGAAAUGGCAUUUCUUCAUCAAUUAUGUUCCAAGAUGACUCAUUUUUCUUCCUUAAUCUCCAUUGUAGAAAUUCUCAGUUGAUACCCCUAUUCGAUACAGGAUUGUUUUUACCAAAUAAUUUUGGUAAGACGCAUUUAUAGGUGAUCAAUCUAUUUGAUUUGAUUGGAAGGAAGGAAAAUGUGAUUUAGCAAUACCUUGCAAGAAACAUAUACAUAAAUGCUUGCAACAGGAUUAUAUGGGAGUUUGUUUUUCAGGUUUGGCAGUGAUGUUUAGUUAUCUAAAGGCGCAGCGGCGGCUUCUAUUGUGGGAUUGAAGUUGAGUUAUGGAACUCGCCUUUUCAGUAAGCUUUAGCUUUCCUUUUCCCUUUAAACAGCUAACUAUGCAUUUUUACGUUUA